UUUCGUCUUAGGUUUCCUCGUUUCUGCAUCGUAAACAACGACACCAACGGGACUGCCCGAAAACCACAACCGACGACUGAACCAAAGCGCGCGCGCGCUCUCUCGCUUCUCAUCCUUCUCUCUCUCUCUCGAUCGGUUCCCAUCGAAUUUCGUUUUUUUCAACUCGGAAUCGCUCGAAUUCAAUCACAAGUUCGCUUCCUCGUUCUUGGGGGCGUUCGAUGGACACGCUGACGCUGAAGAUGGCGUCGUUUUCGGCGAGCUUGACCUCCAUUUCUACCCCCAGAUCGAUGGAUUCGAGCAGCAAGCUCUGUUAUGGCCUCCGAUUUAACAAAAGAGGAGGACCCAUGAAGCGAGUCGAUGCAAUCGCGCCGGUGCCCAACGGUUCUGCUUCUUGCUCUGCUUCCAAUGGGGCUGAAUCAAGGUCUGUUGCCAAUGCACAUAAAAGAAGAAGCAGUCUUGAAUCGCUAUUCUGUUAUGAUAAGCCUAUUCCAGAAGAGAGGAUUGAGAAGCCAGUUGGUUUGUCUUUAGAAGAAAAACUAAUUGGUGAUAAUCCUCGAUGUGACGAUUGCAAGGCGAAAGGUGCAGUCCUCUGCUCCACUUGUUCCGGUUCUGGACUGUAUGUUGACGCUAUAAUGGAGAGCCAGGGAAUCAUAGUCAAAAUUCGCUGCUUAGGUUGUGGUGGAACUGGCAAUAUAAUGUGCUCAGAAUGUGGUGGUCGAGGUCAUCUUGGAGCUAAUUGAGCUGCAUGGUUUGUUUCUCCUGUGGCUCUUCUGCCAAAUCUUGUCCACCAUAACUCUCGUCAUAAAACUGCAGACUUCAUGGACAUUUUAUUUCGUGUUCCUUUGCUUCAUGCAAUUGGUGCACGCAAUUGACUAAGAAACAGAGUUAGCAAUUCAAUCAUGGUGAUUUUGUUGAGCCGUAAUUGAAGAACAAAUGUGAUUGUACUGCUGAAGCUUUUGUAUUUGCAAUGGUAAAAACAAAACAAGAGGUCCUGAAAAGAAAAACUAAAGAAACACCAAUAUGGUUCUCCUGUGAAA